CAACACAACAUGGCUGGAUUAGAGAAGGGACACAGCUGCUCUCAUUAGGACACAUUCAAGGAGACCUGUCUCUCUGCGUGUGUCUCCCUGCUGCGUGGGGCGCGUCCACACUCCGGAGCCGGUCUGCUCGGCUGCGUCCACCGCGCCGCGUUUCUCCGAUGAAGACAGACUGAAGACAGACAUGAUGCACAAGCUGAGCAGGGCUCCGCUGGCCUUACAGGGACUGAGCCGCUGUUUCAUAACAGAGAAGCACUCAGCCUCAGUAAAGAUCGCCAGGAGAGGACUUGUGUGUGCAAAACACGUGGGCGAUGCCGGCGACAAUGAGGUUUAUGAUGUGAUUAUAUCCGGGGGAGGGAUGGUUGGAUCUACAAUGGCUUGCUCCCUAGGCAUGGAUCCCAACUUGGAGGGAAAGAAGAUCCUGCUGCUGGAAGCAGGCAACAAGAAAGUUAUGGACAAGGUCCCAGACACCUACAGCACCAGAGUGAGCUCCAUCAGUCCGGGCUCUGCAACCCUCCUCAGUGGUAUUGGAGCGUGGGAGCGAAUCACAAACAUGAGGUGUAAACCCUACAAAAAGAUGCAGGUUUGGGACGCCUGCUCCGAUGCCCUGAUCACAUUCGAUAAGGAGAACCUGCAGGACGAGAUGGCCUACAUCGUGGAGAACGACAUCGUGGUGGCGGCCGUCACCAGGCAGCUGGACAGCCUUUCUGAUAACGUCGAGGUGAAGUACAGGUCCAAAGUGGUGAAGUACUCGUGGCCGAUGCCCCACCUCGCCGCAGACUCCAUCCCCUGGGUGGAGGUCACGCUGGCCAGCGGAGAGACUCUCCAGACCAAACUGCUGAUCGGUGCCGAUGGACCCAAUUCGAUGGUGCGGCGCGAGUUGGGGAUACCGACGGUGAAGUGGAACUACGACCAGUCGGCUGUGGUCGCUGUGCUGCACCUCUCAGAGCCCACAGAGAACAACGUGGCAUGGCAGCGCUUCCUCCCCACCGGACCCAUAGCCAUGCUCCCGCUGUCGGACACGCAGAGCUCCCUGGUGUGGUCGACCAGCCACCAGCGCGCCGAGGAGCUGCUGGAGCUGGACGAGGAGAGCUUCGUGGACGCCAUCAACUCGGCCUUCUGGAAAACUGACAACCAGACUCAGCUCGUCCAGACGGCCGGCUCCAUGUUCCGCGGCGCCCUGUCCGCCAUCAUGCCGUCCUCGGGUUCGCCCCGGCAGCUGCCGCCCAGCGUGUCCGGGAUCGGCCCGAAGAGCCGGGUCAUGUUCCCUCUGGGCAUGGGCCACGCGUCGGAAUACGUCCGGCACAGGGUGGCUCUCAUCGGGGAUGCAGCCCAUCGGGUCCAUCCUCUGGCGGGUCAGGGAGCCAACCUGGGCUUUGGGGAUGUGGCUUGCCUCACACAGCUCCUGAGCCAGGCGGCCUUUAACGGGAAGGACCUGGGAGCGAUGCAGCACCUGUUGGAGUACGAAACGGAGCGCCAGCGGCACAACCUGCCCAUGAUGGCCGCCAUCGACCUCAUGAAGCGGCUGUACUCCACCAACGCGGCGCCCGUGGUUCUCCUACGCACCUUCGGCCUGCAGGCCACCAACAUGCUCCCCACGCUCAAAGAGCAGAUCAUGGCGUUUGCCAGCAAGUGAUGCAGCCGCAGCGGAUCCGGAGUCGUCGCACCGCCGGUGGCUGCAGGCCUCAAAGGCUGUGAACAGUUUAAAUGUAAAAAGCCUCAAUAAAGUUCUAUUUUGCUCUGA